CCCGCCCCCCGCUCUCCCAGCGGCCCCCGCGCGCGGCGCCGCCCGCCAUGCCGCUGCUGCUGGACGGGGGGCGCCUCGACCUGUCCCGGCCCGCGGCCGAGCUCAUCCGCGCCCACCCGCGCCUCGAGGAAAAGGCAAAACUUCUGAGAAGUCGUCCGGCUCAGAUCGUGGAACCCAAAGGUCUCCUGUACAUCCAGCAGAGAGAGUUUGCGGUGACUACCCCUGAAGAUGGCUCUGUUUCCAUUCUUGGAUCAGAUGAUGCAACUACCUGCCACAUAGUUGUGCUCCGACACACAGGCAGUGGAGCGACCUGCUUGACACACUGCGAUGGAUCAGACACAGAAGCUGAGGUGUCGCUCAUCAUGAGCUCAGUAAAAUCUUUCUCUGACACCACAGGAUGCGGAAGGCUGGAAGUGCACCUAGUUGGAGGUUUCAAUGAUGAUAGGCAGUUAUCACAAAAACUUACUAAUCAGCUUCUUACACCUGCUUUGCCACCAGUCUUAUACACUGCUGCUAUCGUUGUUGCUGUAGGAGCAUUCGACCUCCAACCAGAUGAUGUUCAUUUAGAGACUUUCUGCGUAACAGAACUAAAUGACAGAGAAGAGAAGGAUAUUCACCUGCCGAUCAUUUAUGGAAUAGCUGUGAAUGUUAAAACAGCAGAGAUUUUCCCUGCAACCUUCCCAGAAAAAGGGCCGGAUGAGGAUUUGCGUUCAGCCCAUAUUUUAACAGGAGCAAGACUGACUAACAUUUAUGAUGCGAAGACGGAACAACUACACAUUGGGCCUUAUUUCUGGAGGCCUUUCCCCCAUGUGGAUUUCUGGUUGGAACAAGAUGAUAAACAGAUUUUACAGAACCUUUCCACAUCGCCCCUGGCUGAGCCUCCCCACUUUGUUUCCCACAUUAGAUCUACGUUAACAUUUUUAAAAGAACAUCCAUUUCCGUCUCGCUCCCUGUUUCCUGACAGGAAACCUCGCAUCUACAAAAAAAAUGAUGAAGGGUUGUGGGAACAGGUUUGUUCCGACAGGAUCUAACCUGGGACCACGCAGCCACACCUGCUUUAGGGAAGUGCAGUCUUGCAGGAGCAGCAAAAAGCCUAUUGCUGGUCACAAACGCCAUUGCUCCUGUGCUUUUCAAAAUAAAGUAUUUUGACAGAAGGAACUGGCUUUUCUGCAUUACUUACGCAGAGCUCGCUGCGGCGCUGCAGGCAGAACGUGGCUUUGGGUAUGUUCUAUCGCUGCAAUACAGUAAUUUGAUGGGAGCGGUGCCGACAGCCCGAGCCGGGCAGCCCUUGCAUCGACGUAUACUUCAGAAAGUGAUUUUCCAUACAAAGCGAAGGAAGUUGUCUACAGUUAAAGGUUCCUGAAAUGCAGGGAAGUAUCUUUCAACAAUAACUGAAUUCGAGAGUAAUAAUUUGAAGAAUCUUUAUUGAAACAGUCAGAUCGUAUCUAAAGAACGAAGCUCAUUCCAACAAAACCACUGGUUUAACACUUCCAAAUAUAAAACCAUUAAAAAUUAAUCCUUGUGGUGAUAACUUUAUCCCAAACAAACUACCCUUACAUACUUCAUUGCACCAGAGAAGCCCAUAAGGAAGACCAAUCAACUUCAUUGGUUUUGCACUUUAGAAAAAUUGCACUGAUUGACAUCUAUUACCCCAACAGCAGAAUCACCCUUGUCCAUGGCACCCAGUGCCGCGGGAGCAAAAAGCCAGAAAUCAGAUCAGGUGACAGGACAAUUCCACACCCCAAGUUUUUCAGAUUCUCUCAGUCCAUCCUGCUCCCAUGACAGCCGCUCCCGUCUUCGUUUACACCUUUUAGAGGGAGAAAAAAGCCCCAUCAAAACUCACAUGACCAAACUGCAGUACUUGUAGCCAGCUCUGUGGGGAUGGGAUGGUUUUCUUCCAACUCCGAUACCCUGGAGAAUGCACUAUUUUCCAAAGAUCUCCUUUCCACAAGAGGCCCUGGAAAUUUGCAGCAAAGUGAAUAAGAUAAUUUGGGGAGGGGGAAACUUCUACAUCUUCACUUUUGAUUGAUCCAAAGCUUUGCUUGUGCACUAAGUAGUCCUUGGCAGGAUGAAGUUGUGCUGUAGUGCAAAUACCCCAGACCACUUCUCAGCGUCUGAACAAUUCCUUCCAUAGGGAAGUUUCUGUGGUUCAAAAAAAAAUAAGUGUUGAAACCAUCACAAAU